CGUAUGACACCUUCCCCCACGCCCUCCCGCCAGAUGUACACGUAGCACGUAUUCGUCGUCGUCCUUGUUACACAUACAUUUAUCCGCUGUAAAUGUGCCAAAUUGUCACUAUGGCUUGUUUAUUGAGAUCAAUGCUGCUCGAGUAGCGUUAACCUACGGCUCUGUGAUCUCUCGCGCAGCAAGGGACACGGACGGGCUUUGGAUUUCAUGAAUUUCCACCACAGACAGAUGCUGUUCUCCCGCGUGUUCACGCCCGCAACCCUGGCUGGUUUACAAGUCACCGGAGCGGGGAAUUCCACCGGGCUGACCUGGUGGAACAUGAUGAACGGCGUACCCUACGAGGACAGCCCGCCGCCCGUAGUGCCCCCAAUAUCCAGCGCCCACGCCUCGCUCCACCACCCCCACCACCAGCACCAAGCCCCGAGCACCGGCACCCACCACCAGCAACAGCAAGCAUCGACGACGCCCACCUCCCCGGGAGCACCGAGCUCGGCGGCCACUUCGCAGCAACAACCGGCACCCACGGCGAGCGCGUCCUCGACGUCCCCGGGGGCAUCGUCGGUUACGAGCAACGGGCCCCUCCACAUACCCGCCAAGCGCCUCACCGCCACCCCGACCGUGGGCCAACAGCAGCAGCAGCAGCAGCAGCAGCAGCCGGUGACGGGGUCGAGUUACGCGGAGGUGGGCUGCGAGGUGAACGGGGGUGUGAUCAGGCACUCGCACUCGCAGGGCUCGAGCCAGGGUUGGCCGAGCUACAGUCCGCACAGCCAUCAUCCGCAGGAGGGCCACUACGGGCAGGACUCGUUGGGCCACCACGGGGGCUACGGGGCGACGAGCGCGGGGCCCACGUACUACACAAACCUGGCGUCCGACCCGCAAUCCGGGACCCCCGGUUCUAGGGACCAGCAACAGCAGCGCAAGGGCUCGACGCCGAGUUUCUGGUCGCCCGCGGCCUCGACGACGGGGGCCGCUCUAGUGGGGGACUACAAGCCGUACAACUCGGCGGCCGCGAGCAUAGUCGCCACUACGGCUUCCUCGUCGACGGGUGGCUCGGCCGCGGGGGUGGCGGACCCCGCGGUCAGCUGCCACCAGAGCUUUUCCCAGAGCUGGUGCAACUAUCCGCCCUACUCGGCGACGAGGCAUCACCACGCGGUCGACAGCGCGGCGGCGGCGGCGGCGCAUCAUCACGCCCACUCGCAGGCCAUGGUCGCCGAGGCCGCCUUUCCCCACGAUGGAUACGGUGGACUGAGGAAUUAUGGGGCCCCAGAGCCGGUCACCUCCAGCCCGUACCCACCUCCAGUGAUGUGGGGUUCCUCCCCAUCCUCGUUGUUCCCGACAGGUACCCUGGGCGUGGGCGUCGGGGUCGCCGGGGUGGGCAUGAGCGGCACGAACCCCCUCGAGUGGACGGGCCAGGUGACGGUGCGCAAGAAGCGCAAACCCUACUCCAAGUUCCAGACCCUCGAGCUCGAAAAGGAGUUCCUCUACAACGCGUACGUCUCGAAGCAGAAGCGCUGGGAGCUCGCCCGCAACCUCAACCUCACCGAGCGCCAGGUGAAGAUAUGGUUCCAGAACCGCCGCAUGAAGAACAAAAAGAACAGCCAACGACAGUCCCAGCAGCAGCACAACAACAACAACAGCACCAGCAGCAACAACAACAACAACAACAACAACAACAACAGCAGUAGCCAGGCCAACAACAACGCCAAUCACCACGGGCAUCAUCACUCGGCGGCGGUGGCGGGGGUGGGCGGCCACGUGACGAGCGUCCACCACGUCGCCGCCCAGGCACAUCAUGCCAACGGCUCGGCCAAGCACCACCAUCAGUGACCCGUGGUGUUCUCUGGCGUCGCCUUUGGCCACGCCAGUGGCGCGCUCACCUCGUCGUCGUCCAACCACCAGCUGCACCUCUCUGCCACCGCCUCCUCGUCGACCAUCCCCAGCCAGGUCCAGCAGCUAGCUGGGACCAGUGGUGCUGGGUCGUCCUCCUCCUCGGCUGCGGUUGCCGCGGCGGCAGCCCUCGCCCACUCGCACGGCCACCAUCAGGCGCACCUAGCCGCUGCCCACCACCACCAGCACGGCUCGUUGCUGCACCAGAACGCCCACGGGUUGGC